AUGGCGAGCGAGAAUUGGUGGGUUGGGACUUAUCCUCAAUGCUCUCUUAAGCAGCUUAAAGAGAUGCCCAUUUAUAACAAGUUCAAAGAUAUUUCAGAGCAAUUCAAAGAAAGUGACGAAGAAAAGGAAGAGUCUUUUGUCAUCAUUGACAAUUGCGAUAUUUACGAAUGGCUCGACAAAACACUAAACACUGGAGAAAAGCUAGGCCAUGACCGAAACUCAGACACGUGGUUUUAUGAGCGUUGGCUUGUCGAAGAUGGGGUUCCUACAGUCAUAAAGACCUGGCUUAAGGACCGGACUGAGUGGGGUGUAAUCAUUAAAACCUAUCCUGACCAUGAAACUCAAGCUUCAUGGACACUUGGGAAGGGGAAAAAAAUCUAUGAAGAAGAGACCAUAUCAGGCAUCGAGAUUUCUGGUAUUAGGUCCAGAAUCAUUUGCAAUUGCCCUAUAGUGGAACACAGAAAUGAAAACUAUUGAAAAAAGCCAGAUGAUAAAGGAGAUGAAAAAUACUGGACAAUUGGAAGAACAAUUGGGUCAGAAAAAAGCUAUGAGAAAGACGGGAUUAGCUGGGGAGAAAACACUCUGCAAGAUCAAGAAAAAUGCGAAAAAAAGACCUGGAAAAAAGAGCCUGAAAAAGAACAAGAACAUGUUGAAGGGACAAACGGAAAAGUAAAAUGGGUUGAAAAUAGAGUGAAAGUGCCUAAUCAUGAGCAUGAAGAUAAGUUGUGGACAGAAAAAGACAAGAAGUGGGGAGAGUUCUCAGAGAAAAAGCCAAAUAAAAGUUAUAGAGUUGAGUGGCAAGGAGAAAAGCCAACUUUUGGAGGUAAUGGGCUAUCUGCUGACAGAUUAAGUGACAUUUAUGAAAAACAGCUAAAAUUAGCUAAAGAAUCAGAAAUUACAUUGGCAAAGCUUUCAGAAUUGCAGCCAAGUACCAAGAAUGAGGCUGAAAAUUUGGCUGGAAUUUUGAAAAAUGUCCAAAAGCCUGACUUCGAAAAUCCAGACUCGCUUGAAGAAAAAAUAAAAGAAUUAAUAGACAUAGAAAAUAAGCAAGAAGUCCUCAAGCAGAAAGCCUUGGAAGCUCUUCCACAAAGAGAAAAUCUGACAGACAAAAUUGAUAAGCUUGAAAGCCAAACUAAGGAUAUUUUAAAUAAUGCUACAAGAGAAGCUUCGCUUGCUGUUCAGGAUGGUGAUGAUUCUAAAGUUGCACUUGAAGCAAUUAAAAAUUUAUUGGAAGAGCUUGCAAGGGAAAUUCCAGAAAAUAAUUCAGAUGCCUUACUGCAUCUUAUGCCAGUUUUCAAUAGAAAAGUAAAUAUUUUAAUUAUAUAAAAUAUGAAGAUUUCAUUCGCAGAAUUUUUUUUAUUAUAAAAUUCUUGAAAUUAAACAAAAAUCUGAACUUUAAAGUUAGAAAAAAUUAAAAAAAGAUUAGGCCUAUUAGAAAAAAUAGAAAAAGUUCGAAAAGAUGCCAGAGAAAAAACUGCGAAAGAAGUUCGCAAUCUAAGAGACGAAAUUGAUGCCAAAGAAAGCGAGCUAGAGCAAGAAAAGCAAAAAAGCGAAGAACUUAAAGCUCAGUAUGAGUCACAAAUUCAAGCACUUCAAGAUAAUUUAGAACAGAAUGAAAAAUUAGUUGAAAAACUAGCUCAAGAGUCAACCGAGAAAAAUGGAAUCAUCAAUCAGCUUAAAGAUAAAAAUGCUGGCCUUCAGAAUGAAGUUGACGCCCUUAAAGAGCAAGUAUCUAACUCCCCCGUCCCCCAUCCUGAGUGAACAAAACCAUUAGAAAAAUCGCUAUUUUUUUGCCCAAAAACCCACCCUCUGUGAGCGAACAAAAAUUUUUUAUGGAAAAAAAAAAUUGAUAUAUAAUAAUUAGUAUAAUGAAAUCUCGAAUUAAUUCUGUUUAAUUUUUAAACAAAUUGCGUUUUUAAACAUAAAUUUUACAAUUAAAUAAAUAUUUGCUCCCAAUUUUGCGAAUUAGGAUUUUUUUUUAAAUUUCGAAAAAAAAAUUAACCCCCUCCGUAGCAAACAAAAUAUUUUUAUUCUCUCACACGGAGGGGGGGAGUAAGCUUGAAGACGACCUAGACAAAGCAAACCAAGAAAUUAAAAACUUAAAGAGACUUUUAAAUGAAAAAGAUAAUGAAAUCCAAAGCAUGAAGGCUACCAUUGAUAAUUACGAAAAACUAAGCCAGGAAGCAUUUAAAGGAGACCAAGGACUGCUAGAUAGCUUAAAAGCAGAACUAGCCGCAGCAAAAGAAGAGCUAGCGAAUAAAGCCAAAACAAUAUUUGACUUAGAAGAGCAAGUGAAGUCAAAAGAAGAUGAAAUUCAAGGGCUGAAGAACGAUAAAGCAAGUCUAGAAAACCAAGUUGAUAAUCUCAAUAAAGAGGUAGAAGACUUAAAAACACAGCUUUUAGCUCUUCAGGAUGAAAAUAAAGAACUUCAAGAAAAGGCUGCACUAUACAACCCAGAUUAGAUUAGAGUAAAGUUAUAGCGGAUCGCAGGGGUUUAUUUCAGCCCCUCGCUGUCCACCGGAUAGCUUCGCAGUGACGCUAAGCGCUAUCCUCACACCACCUUUUUCCCUUCUGACGUCACCAAAAAAUGGUGACGUCGAAGGUCUUCGGGGAAGCCACACCACCCGGUCGGGGUCUCCGAAUCUCAGCAGAAAACUCCUUCAACCUCUGACAGGGCUCAAAGUAUAGGGGAAACGCCUUCUGCCUUCUCCAUAGCCUGUCAGAACCGUAUCACAGGUUCAAUAAUGCUCCCAUGGAGUGGUAUCGGGAUUUUGCGCCAGUAGGGUCAUCUUGCAGGUAAGGAAAAAAGACAAGGGUCAGCCCCAAGUCAAAAACCCACCCCGGAGAACUAUCGCCAUGUGGCUCGCCUUUCCUGGGCCUGGAUCAACUCACAGGUCACCAGGAAUCCCACGUCAGAUCACGCCAUUUUAAUAAUUCUAUACAACCCAGAAGAAAAAGCAAUUCUAUUGAAAAUCAUUGAAGACAAAGACUCAGCACUAUCAGAAAUCGAAGACCAACUAAAUGAUGCCAAAAAAUACCAUCAGCUUUAUCUUCUGAUUAAAGAAGAAAAAGAUGAAUGCGAGCAAAAAAUCCAAGAGCAAGACGUCGACAUCAGCGAGCUUGAAAGAAAAAUCAGAGAGCUUACCCAAGAAAACGAAGAACUCAAAUACAAGACCAGACAACUUGACCAGCUUAUAAAGACUGCUGCUGCUCUUGAAAACGAAAACCAAAAGCUUCACACCCAGCUAUCCUAUCUUGAAGAGUUCAGCGGUGACAAGUCAAAAGAAGUCCAAAAAGCAAUCGAAGAAUUGACAUCUGAAAUCAGCAAAAGAGAAGCCAUAAUAAAAGAUCUUAAUGACCAAAUUGAAGCCUUAAAAGCUAAGUUAGAUGCUUUAGAAAGAAAGCAUAAUCUUGCAAUGAACAGGAACUUCUUAAUUAGGUUUAUCAAUGCAUACAAAAAUAAGCAAAAUCAAUGUUUCUUCUAUUGGAGGAGCUUGAGGCCAAUUAAGAAAGUAAUUCCAGAAGAAACCAAGGAACCAGAGCUUAUUGAAGUCCCAGAAAAUAUGGAUGAAAGUGAUAGGAAAAACUACACAGCUGCCGCUAAAGGUAUGAUGGAGGAAAACAGGCAGCUGGUUGAAUGUAACAUCAUUACAAAGUCACUUGAGCAGUCUGCUGUCAAAGGAGAAAAACCAUUGAGCUACUUGAACGUUUUCAAGUUUUUGGAAGAUCUUAUGGAUAAGAAAUAUGAAACUGACCGCAAAGACUUAAUUGACAGAAGACAGCCUAGGUCAAUGACUGAGUUUAUGAUGGAGUUUAUUACAAGAAACUUUGGAAUACAGUCACUGGCUUAUAAGUUCUUGGGACAGUUCAUCCCUGGUCUUCAGCAAGUUUAUAGAGAAGGCAAUAAAUAUGCCAUUUUCUACAGUCGUCUCUUGCAAGUUUUCCACCCUGAGCCAGUUCCAUAUAAUCUUGCUAUCUAUUUGGUUAGAGCAAGAGUUAACUUCAAUCCUUUAAUUGAAAAAUUAGAAAAAGCUCGUGCUGUACAAGGAAAGAAACAAACAGGCGCUCCAACAGGAACUACCCACGGCAAAGCAGCUUAUGACCUUGCAUCAACAGGAGGCUUAGCAUUAUUAAGUGAUGUUAUUGACCAUAUUUUAGUAAACUUUGCUAACGACAAAGAAUCAGGGACUCUUGCCCUUGAGCUCAUAAAGCCAGAACCAGUUAGCCUAGACAACUACGUCGCCUAUAUGAUUACUCAUAAAAUGGCCAAAAUGGGCAAAACCCCUGAAAUGAUAUUCAACGUCCUAGACAAAGAUGGAGGCGGAUCAAUCAGCACAACAGAAUUUAUUGCAGGAGUCAAGCAAGACUUAGAUCUCUGGAUUAGUGAUGCAAAAAUCCAAACACUCCUAGAGUCUUUAGACAAAGACGGAAGCGGGGAGCUCGAAAAGACUGAGUUCACAGGCAGAAUCAAUAUGAAAUACCUUAUGGAAUGCAAUAGAAACCCUGAGUGGGUCGUCUCAAAAGCUUCAUAUCUGAUAGCUCUUGUAGAAGUCUUCAAAGCUAGACAAAGAAAAGAUGCGGCUCACUUAUACUCAGAUUUCUCAAGAUUCAACUCUGAGACAAUCAAUCUUGAACAGUUCACUCAAUUAGUGACACAAUAUGACCCUAAUCUUAGUCCUGAACAAAUUUCUGAGCUGUUUGCAGGGGCUGGGGACGGAAAAGAGGCCAUUGAAGCUCAUGAGUUUUCAAAGAUUGUUAUGAAAUAUGGCAUUGCAGGAUAUGGAUUGGGAGCUUUCCUUAUUCCUGAAUUAAUGGCUUCGUUGUCUGAGAGGAAGAUUGUAACUGAUGUAGACUUGAAAGGAAUACCAACAGAACGUAAAGCGAAAGGAGCCAAGGAAGAAGAGGGAAAAUCCCCAGUAGGAACGGUGUCAACAGCAUCCACCAAAAAGAUGGUUCUGAAAAAGCCUUCAGUAGUAAAAAAGUAA